GUUGGGCCAAGAAAUCUUGUCGUGUGUAUUGAUGGAACUGCAAAUCAAUUCGGCGUAAAGAACUCCAAUGUCGUCGAGCUCUAUCACCUCCUUGUGAAGGACAAGCGUCAGAUCACCUUCUACAACAGUGGUAUAGGGACGUAUGCUAAACCUUCCUGGCGUUCUUUAUCCUAUUGGAGGCAAGCCAUCGGACACACCAUCGACCUCAUGAUCGCGUGGAACUACGAAAGAAUAAUACAGGAGGCAUACCUGUGGCUGUCGGAGAACUAUCGCGACGGGGACCGUAUUUUCCUAUUUGGUAUGCUUGGUUCACAUUUUGUUUUGCGCGUGGAGCUGAUCUUUCGAUUUUCUCGUGGAGCAUACCAGGUCCGAUGCCUAUCAGCCAUGAUUGACACUGUCGGUUUAAUUCAUCGAGGAAACGACGCACAAAUUCCGUUGUAUGGGAGGCUCAUGGCUCAUACGGACGUGAAGAAAGCCACUAGAGUGAAUGAUGUUGGGAGCAACACAGAAGAUGUCAGUGACGACCCGAAAGAGAUGGCUAAACGAUUCAAAAAGUCUUUCUCUCGGGAGGUACGGGUACAUUUUGUGGGAGCAUGGGAUACUGUAUCUUCCGUUGGAAUCGUUCGUGACAAGGUUCUACCCGGGACGACUUCGGGUAUGAAGCACGUAGCCUUCUUCCGUCAUGCGUUGGCCCUCGAUGAGAGACGCGUUAAAUUUCUUCCUGAGUAUGCGUACGAGGGUAGC